AUGCUGGCCAGGCUUCGGAUGCCUGUAGAUGAUUGCAUUGAAGAAUACAAAACGCUGGGUGACAGGAUGUUUGGGAACCCGCGCAGAUCCUAUCAAGGGGGCUGGCAGGGCCUGGUAAGCAAGAAGAACAAAUCUGCAACGAUACCGUUGGAGGAAGCGAUACAAGAUGUCAUCCGUCGCUGCGGCAAGAUCUCGGGCGAUCAGGAAGGCGCCAUGACCUUCAAGUCGCCAACGGGCCUUUGUCGAGCGAUCGUGCUUGCUGGGCGUGAGGUAGCGAGUGGUGGGGAGGGACAAGCAGUGAUGGAAACCUUGUUUCUCCUCCGUUCGUACAACAACUUCGCGCCUCCGCCAUCGGAAGCAAGAUUGAAUGCUAUAAGUCCGCUUACCGGAGCCUCGAUUGCCGCACCUCGAAACCUAGGGCAAGGGACAAGUUUUGCGGCAUGGGAGGUGGGCCGGGCAGCGACAGCAGCGAGGUUCGUCUUCGAGCCGCUUGAGAUUGAGCUGCGUGAUGCCACUAUCGCCACCAACCCGGCGGAGGAGGUGAAGAAAGAGCUGAGAAAUAUCCUACGCGAGAGCGACAAAAAGAUCAGAACGUGGGUCAGCAUCGGCACAACCCGACCCUCCGAGACGCAUAUCCAAUCCAGCGACCCGGAGUUUGUGCACAGGUCUUUGGAAGAGUGGGCCAGCGACGCCCGCUACUUCAGGUUCAACGGGCCCAACGGCCCCCGUGACCAAAACGUAGUCGAGAUGAGCGAGUGGUGGCCCCCCGGAUCCGGCACCCAGACGAUGGAAAAGAUGGACACUGCGUUCGCCAACUACAUGCUUCAGCCCGGUAACCAUACCAAGCUCAGGGAAUGUGCCCAGCUCCUCGUCGAGUGUCGCCGGAGACGGACGACCGAGAGCAGGUCUCACUGGGACUGGGAUGAGAUGAGACAUGGGACUGCCGAGAUACGUUCGAGCAGCAUCUGCGCCAGGAUCAUGGGUUGCGGGUAG